CAGAUUUGGAUAGAUCUAAAACUAGAAUCUGAACAUUUUUAUUUGUAUUGUGAAGUUUUUGUCGGGGUUAGAGACAUUGACUUAUAAUGUAUAAGUCUAUGGUUAGAGAUCUAUUUAAUUUUAUUUCGAAUCUAUCUAGAAGUAUUGAAACAAUGUAUUGAUUUAUUUAUACAAUUACUUGUAGAAAUCUAGAUCUAAAUGUGUAUCUUGAUAUUUGAAUAAAGAGAACUUUCUGGAGAAUGUCUAAUGUUGUUGUAAUUUUCUCUGCCAUCAUUAGUCAUAUCACUGGUAUUGAAGUUAUGUUCCAAUAUGAGGCGAGUGACGACACUGGUGAUCAAAUGCCUGACCAGUUCAAUGUGACUUUUAGCACAGAAACGAAAUUUCUAACCAAAUUCAAUCUCAGGCGUUCGCAGAGUUUUGACGUUGACAUUCCUCUCUAUACUCUCGACAUCGAUAGGGAAGGAUUUUUUCAAAGUCGGAAAGUGAAAACUAGACCCAGAAAGGAUAUAGGCUACUACCAUGAUACUAACCACAAGGCCGUGUUUUGUAUUAAAAGGUCAUCCGAGACAUUGUCGAACAGAAACUUUAAAUUUCACUUAAAAGCUGUAUUCCAAAUGGACAACUCCGAAUACCUGUUUGACUCUGAUAACAAGACGCCUCAAAAGCCUUGGAGAAAUCUGUCCCUCGAGACGUUCUCUAGUACUGUAAGGACUGAAUCUACUACACCUCGCUCUAGGACAACAUUUGACCUCUAUGUUUAUAAGUUAGAAUUGCUUAGAAGGACAAGUUUUGAUCUGUUUGACACACAAAUACCACCGCCAGAAGUAGAAAAGACAGUUCGAUGGGCUGUCAUCAAUCAGUCAACAUCAAGGUCAGACCAACCGAGCAGACGCCGCCGAAACGCAAUGCGUCACUACUACGUUGAUGUGGUGGCGUUGAUUGACAAAAUACGCUUUCAAUGGUUUCUACAACAAGCUAAACAACACUACAACAAUUCGAUGCAGAGUAUUCAAGAGCACUAUGCUAUGAUGUUUAGCGGGCUUGACAUGUUUUAUAAUGGCAUCAACCAUCCAAAUUACACAGUACACAUUCGUUUGUGUAAAAUAUUCGUCUUUCAGAAACCCAAUGCUUCAAUUUUUAUUGACAAGUACGCUUCGGAUGAUAAAUUGUACAGCCCCCAGGCUCUUAAAGCUCUCGAAAAUUUUUUUGUUGGAGUUGGCCGUGAAAUCGUCGGCUUUUACGAUCACGUGAUACUGUUUACUGGCUAUGACCUCUUCAAAUACGACAAUUCUGGCAAUAAAAUUUACACAUAUGCAGGUAGCACUUAUGUGGGAACAAUGUGUCGAACUGAUGGGACUAGCUGUGCAGUAAUAGAAGAUCACAGAGGACCUGAUAUAAGAAUAAUUGCACAUGAACUAGGACAUAGCCUUUCAGCCAAGCACGACGGGGAUGGCAAUGACUGCUCUAAUUCUGACAGAUACAUUAUGAACAACGGCCUCAACAGAAAACAAACUCCGGAAACAAAAUUUAAUCCAUGGCGAUUCUCUACCUGUAGCGUCAAAUACUUUACAAAAUUUUUGACUGAGAAUCCUAGCAACAGCCGUCGAUACGAAUGUCUAGCUUACGCUAUCGAAACUUCAGCUAACAUUCCAGAUGUAUCUAAUAAACUAUUGGGUCAGUUCAUUAAACCUAAUCAACAGUGUCAACUAAAUUACGGAAAGGAUUCCUACUAUUGCAAGGGUGCAGAAAACACUGAAAUUGAGGAUAUAUGUCAUUCAAUGUAUUGUCGAGAUCCCUUGAAUUCUGAUGACUGUAUAUUGAUGGAAGCAUAUAUCGGGACAACCUGUGGCGAUGGAAAAAUCUGUUUGUAUGGAAAAUGUGUCAGCGUCCCAUUCGCUCCACAAGUUGAUGAGACAUGCUUAUUUGGAGACACAAAAGAAGAUCACUGCAAAUCAUUGAUCAGUAAAUUUGUAGGCAACUGUUACCAAAAAGCACACUAUGACCUCUGCUGUGGCACCUGUAACAAUAUGUCUAGACCCAUUAGAGGUUGUGAGUACGGUGACAAAAAAGAAAAUUGUCAAACAUAUCACUGUGCUAAAGAAAAAGAAACUUGCUGUGGCACUUGUAAUUACGGUACACCUUUUACCACAAUCACCAGAAGAAACAUAGCAAUGAGACCCACAUCAGCGAAACCACUUCUGAUUCGUAGAUCGCCCAAAGUGGCUAGAGAAUGUGUACUGGGAGAGCCAGACUUAAAGCCAGAGCUGUGUACUAGCCCAAGUGUCUGCCAGACACAGCCAUUGAUGUGCUGUAAUUACUGCAACUACAAUUCUGGAGCCAUUUUUCAUCUAUACGAUACUUGGAUUUAUCGUUGUUUUUACAUUCAUUGCAUUUUCUUGUUGUCAAAACAAAUGUCAGCUUGAUAGACGUAGAAGUUCACUGAUGUCGAUGUUUCUCAUAUUUUAAAAACAGUACGUUUCACAAUUUAUUGUACAUACCUUUUUUUUAUCUUUAUCUUUACACAUUAAUAUUUAUCAUAAUAUAGCAAUCUCUCAAUGCACAUCUGCCUAUUGUUACAUGUUGCCCCUAAAAUGUUAAGCCUUUUGGAGAUUACAAUGUGGUUCUGCAAACUGUUUUCCAUUUGUCCGACGAUCAAAUUCCAUGACCUUACUAUCUAAUGUGUAUGCUGCAUCGAUUAAAUUAUUCUAUAAGACCAUGUGUAAAGUAAAGUACAGUUCGAACCUCGUAAUGAAACGAGUCGUAAAUAGUUAUUUGUUAAAUAUCUCUAUAGUCAUGCACAUUAAAAAAAUAUAAAGCACCGUGGUUUGUUUUUUUC